CCACGUGAGGGAAUACGAGCAGUGCCUGAUGUACGUCCUUCCGAACCGCCCCAGGCUCGCGUCGUGGGGCCUGGUGCGCUGGGUCCUCGCCACCACAAUCUACGCGCCUCACCCGUGCCGGCGAGCACCAGGCUCCCACACCGUUCAGGACGGCCGAGUUCGCUGGGUGUAUAAGUGCCCGGUCCAUCCGAGGAUUUCCGCCCUCGACAAGCCCCCGAACACCGCCACAGCCGCCCCUCCCCGCGCGUCCCUCCCUCCUCGACGCAAGUCCGCCAAGCGCCGUCCGCGCAGCCAUCGCGGCAUCCACUCCCCCCACUUCGUCCGCCUCGCCGGCGGCUGGGGCAACGCCGCGCUGCGCGCGGCCGAGGGCGAGUCCCCGUUCCUCUGCGCUUCUGCGCUCGCUAGACUAACCUGGCUUCACGCAGCGGACGAGCGAGGCUCGCUUACGGACGCAAAGUAGGCGGGCCAGCCGGCCAAGGGAUUUGCCUCCGACACGACAAGUUAUGUGAGGGGUUGGUGCUUGGGAGAGACCGUUC